GACGGAAGCAGGAACUUGCGGAGCGCAGAGCCUGCGGGCGGAGCUGCGGAGCCCCGCGUCCCCAACGCGCCCCGCGUCCCCAACGCGCGCGCCCCGCCAAGAGAGAAAUUCCAUUGUCUGUACAAUCUUCCUGAAGCAAACUGGUACCAGAGGGAAGGCCAUCUUUAGCCUCUGAAGGCCAAGACCAAACGGAAAGUCAAAAUGCUCUUAGGGAAACAAUGGAGCUGGCCUUACACCUUGGUGAUAAUUUGUUUCCUGACACCAAGGCUGUCCUCUAGUGAGAACUGCCUCACCGAGAGUCUGGAAGAUGUGGUCAUUGACAUCCAGUCGUCUCUGUCUAAGGGGAUCAGAGGCAACGAGCCCACACAUUCGGUAACACCAGAAGGCUGCCUCAGUUCUUGCUGUUCUACAAGAGACAUAGCAGGGGACAAAGUGUGUAACCUGAUGAUCUUCGACACCCGCAAAGCAGCAGGACAGCCUAACUGCUACCUGUUCUUCUGUCCCAGCACGGACGCCUGUCCUCUGAAGCCAGCAAAGGGCCUUCGGACCUACAGGGUCGUCACAGAUCUUCCGACUCUGACCAGAGCUGAUUUACCACGUCAAGAGUUAGCGCAAAGUUACCUCUCACCUGGCCAGACUUCCCAAGUGGUCACCCCCACCGUCCCUCCUGAGACAAGUCACCUAGACCCCACCAGACCCUCAACUCACCCGCAGAAACCAUUCAAGACGGGCCAUGCUGGCACACAGGUCCCCAGGGAUCAAGAAAAAGGCCAUCCUCAGAGUUUACACCUGUCCCCAGACACACAAAUAGCUCACCUGCGACCUGAAAAUGCCACUGCCUUCCCCAGCACUGUGGCUCCUCCAGAGCCUGUGGUUCCCCUGCUCAGCAGGGCCUCGGCAACAGCUUCCACCACUGUUCAACCCCAGGUGGCCACUCCAGCUCCACCUGUACCCACUGUCACCUCCCAGCCCCCGACAGCCCCUGUUCCUAUGAUUCUGACACGUGCUGUGGUGACAGCCCAGGCUCUGGCCACAGGGACUCCCACGACCACUGUUUGGGGCCCUGCAGACACGAGAGGCUCCCGGAUAGCAGUGUCAUUUAGUGAGACUCCUGAGCUCCCUUCUCACACAAGGCCCAGGCAGAACCCUGAUCCCCUCUCCUUGUCAAAUGUGGGGUUCCCUGUGACACACAGAACUGCUUCCCAGGAAAAUGAAAAUGGGGAGGCCAGUAUCGGCGGUUCCUCACCGAGCCAGGUUCUGGAAGGCCAGCAUGGCUUUCCCUUUGAAAAGUGGCUCCUCUUGGGGACCCUGCUUUUUGGUGUCGUGCUCCUGGUCAUAGGCCUCGCCCUCAUGGGAAGGAUGCUCGCAGAGUCACUCCACAGGAAGCGGUACUCAAGGCUUGAUUACUUGAUCAAUGGGAUCUAUGUCGAUAUCUGAGGUGGGAUUUCUGGUCCAUUGAUGACACAAGCCAAAAGUGCUGGCUUUGUCCUGGCAUCCUGACCCCAGCACGAGCUUAUGUUUCAAAGACAGGAGACACCGGGUGCCAUGGCUCAUGCCUGUAAUCCCAGCUGCUCAGGAGGCAGAGAUCAGGAGGAUCAUGGAUUGAAGCCAGCCUGGGCAAAUAGUUCUCGAGACCC